UUAUCUUCAGAAACUGGUUAUCUACACAUGCAAAAGCCUUCCACAUCGGUUCCCCGAACAAAAAUUAUAUGUCUUGCUAUUACAUUGCACAGAUUCUUGCUAAUGGUCACAUUUUGUUUUCGUAGGAGGCAUUUAGACACACUCCGGGAAAGAGAACAGCCAUCAGGUACAGGGGUGAAGUAGAGUGUGUAAUGAAGUGAGUACAUCAACUGGACAAACAACUGUAGUUGCAAACGGAUCUGGUCAACGGACGAACUGAACGAUGUGGACAACGCAGAGGUAGUUUCAACGAAGAAAUUUGAAGACUUUAGCGGGACAGUUCAACGCCUACAAUAUGGUGAACGCUUCAGAAACUCAGCCGACGCUUUGUCCGUCAUCGAAUGUCACCAAUGCGUCAACUUCGGCAUGUUUCAACGUGUCAGACGUUCAGGGAAACGGACCGGGUACGAAUACGACCACAUUUUCCCUGCCGUACCCUCUACCAGUGUUCGACUACCCUGCAAAAGUGCGCGUCAUCGUGACGUUCGUGCUGUGCUUCGCUUCACUCGUCGGCAACCUGCUGGUCUUCAUCACGAUGUUCCGAAAUCGCGCCAGGAAGUCUCGCGUGAACUUGCUCAUCAUGCACCUGGCCGUGGCCGACAUCUUCAUGACGUUAAUCGUGAUGCCGCUAGAUGGCGUGUGGAACUUGACGGUCCAGUGGUACGCUGGUGACGUGGCUUGCCGGAUCCUGCAGUUCCUGAAGCUGUGGGCGCUGUACGCGUCUACCUUCAUCCUGGUGGUCAUCAGUAUCGACCGUUGUAUGGCCAUCCUGCGUCCCCUCAGCUCGGCAAAUGGCUACAAAAGGGGCAAGAUCAUGGUCGGCAUCGCCUGGGGGGCCGGUGCGGUCCUCAGUACACCCCAGGCCGUCAUCUGGCACCUGAUCCACGUGCACCCGACGCCGAUGGUGACCUUUAUCCAGUGUUCCACGCACGGCUUCUACACCGCCGACUGGCAGGAGCAGCUGUACAACGCAUGCGUGUUCUUCCUGGUCUUCAUCUUCCCGCUCACCAUCAUGAUCACGUGCUACCUCCUGAUCCUGGUCAAAAUCACCCGCAAGUACCGGGAACUCACAGAUCCAACAGCCAAUCAAGACAACAUACUGCGCCAUUCCGGGUCUGCCCGCCUGGCCAAGGCCAAGGACAGAACCUGGCUGAUGACCUUUGUCAUCGUGUCGGCUUUCGUCAUCAACUGGUCCCCUUAUUACGUCAUCUCCAUCUGGUACCUGGUGGACAAGUCCAUGGUGCACUACAUCUCCAAGUCCGCCAGCCACACCCUCUUCAUCUUCGGCCUGACCAACCCCUGCCUCGACCCGCUCAUCUACGGCCUGUUCUCCAUCAACUUCUCGCGAGAGUUCCGGCGGUGCUGCGGCUUCUUGAAGCGGCGGGACCUGGCCAAUGAGAGCCCGUACACCAUGCUGACCGUGGUCGGUGCACACGGGGACACGGCCGGGACCAGAAUGACGCCGUCAGUGUCAGCCAGUGCUCAGUUCAUCAGCACACCCACCUGAGACGUCUAGACCGUCAGCGUCUUUUCUGAGCCCCUUCACUUUUCUUGAAUUUUAGAGCUGGCCUAGAUCUUACAUUCUCUUCCUCCGUUGAUCGACUUUGUGGCCUUUAAUUUAAGACACAUCCGUCUUAUAAGUACAAAUUGCGAGAAGUCAUUUGUUCUAAUAAACUUUACAUUUGUUUGCGUCUA